UUCACGUGGUAGACAAGGAAGCUAGUAGCGUGUGACAAGGACAACAAUAUAAAUUAGUUCCGGCACCUAUCCUUGGGGUGAUACCCUAUUUAUCGAAAAAUUGGGUCAUUUACAUUAGAAAGAAGCUUCUUCAUAUCGAAUUGUGGGCAAACGUUCAUAGAUAUUACUUGGAACGUUCGAAAAACGCUCGUUCGUAUCUAAGUUAUACAAAGAAAAAGACUUGGGCAUUAGUUCCUUUUCUCAUGUAACAUUGGCAUUUUCUAAAAUAACGAAGUGACGAUAUUAAAUAUUCCUGCUAUAUGCUGAUAACAGUUAUCAAUAGUGAUUCUAUAAACAUGGCGCUUUUCAUGACACUUAAAAUAUCAAGCUGUUCAUCAGAAUUUUUCGAAUAAAUACAAUUCAUUAACAUUAUCGAGGAUUGUCGAUCGAAAGAGAAUACUAUUCCAAGCGAAUUUGGAGGAUCCUUUGAACUUGAUACGGUAAACAACGAAAAAACAGCGGAACUUUAUCUGAUAGGAGAGACAUAACCCAUAAACAAUGGACGAAACAUACUUCGACGAAGGACCGGCGGGAAAUUUCGAAACAGCUACCUUAGAAAUUACCAAAGAACUCGAUACCAACGAGUUGAACAGUCAAAACGCUGCUUCUACUGGAAUUGACACUGCAAAGAGAAACAGGGAGAAUGAGAUGUACAAUCCAAAUCAAAUUCCAUCAUCCAGAGACGUGUCUAACAUACCCUUCAAGCACAUUGACAUUCAUUCCUUUUUCUCGGACAGAAAUGAAGUUGUUGACAGAGCGCUAAAGGAUUGCCAGGAAAGUUUAAUAAAUGAAGAGGAGAGGGACAUUAUUGGAAGCUGGCUGUUGACAGAAAUAAGUCUAUGGGAUAUAGAAAAGGAGAGAUUAAUAAUACUUACAAGAAGAGCCAUUUAUUCGAUAAAGUAUGAUUUCAUCUCUUUAAAAAUACUAGAAUACAACCGGAUACCUUUGAUGCAGAUUGAUACGCUCGUUUGUGGUGAAUUAGUUUAUCCUUCUUCAUCUUUGGCGCCACGAUUAAGUGGAUUGGCCGAGGGUGUAUCGUCAAUAAUUCAUUGCGCAGGCCGUCAAGAGUGGUCUUCUCUUGUCUCUUGUACAGGUCUUGCACAAUUUGAACCUAGGAAAAAGCAUAUGUCUGGAAUAAGAAUAAUGUGGAACAAGGGCACCCCGUUAUCAUUAAUUAAGAAAUGGAAUCCAUUUGCGAAGGAUAUACCGUGGCUUACUUAUGCUAGUCAUCCAUUAUUUUGGUACAAAGGUUCAGAAGGAGAUAAAGCAAAGUUUAGUGUUGAAGGUUUACAAUCGUCGAUUAAAGACCUCUUGUCAUCAGACUGCAUUGUAAGAAAUGGACUUAUUGUUAUAGAAAAUUACUUUGGUAUAGGUGCCUUAGUACAUAAUAGAAAUGGAUUAGGUUUCUUUAAAAUUCGCGGCAAAGUUAGUUUUUAAUUUGGUUCACGAAACAACUGAAAUUUUUACUUCAUUUCUCUAAAAUUCACAUUCCAAUUUCCAAAGCUCCAAACUCCUAUUUAUAAAUCUGAUGGUAUUUACAAUGAAAUAUUAAAAUUAGAGAUACAAAUUCAUUUUAUCUACAUAGGGAAAUUCUCAAAUAGAUCUCGAUUUACUUUCCAAAGAUUCUAAUAUGCAAUAUUAUUAAGCAUAUCGUAUAAAUUCUAUCAUGUAUGAUACAAAUAUUUUCACUCAGUACCUGGCUAACAAAAAGCUAAAACUAGAUAUUAAAUAUGUACGUCAUACUAAGAUAAUUCGUUUACAUUUUCUAGAUGUGAUACUAUGUUUUAUAAUUCAGUAUAAAAAUAAAUGGCAAACAUAAGCCAUUUGACCUUUCUUUAUAAUAAUAAAUAAAGACAAUUCUUCUCAAA